CGGUCGCAAAGAGCUUGAACACGAUUUUCAAAAAAUUUCCAAGUUUGAAACGCAAAUAAAUUUCGAAGUCGGUUGCUCCAGUUAUAAAUCGUAUAUACUGAUUGCCAUUCAAAUGGGUGGCAUAAGGAUUUUCACAUUGUUAUUAUGCGCAAUUUCAUAUUAUGUGGUCUGUAACUGUAAAUUCUCGGACAAAAUAGGUUAUCAGCCGAACGCUUAUCCGAACAAUUUUCGUCACUCUAGUGCCGCACUUCGUCGCCAAGAUCGUUCUGGCCACACCGUUGAUGAUUUUCGAGGCCCAUUGCGGGAGAAACGUUCACAGAAAUACGAAAACUUCAUCCAAUACCCCAGCAGAGAAGCCGAACUUGCACCUCAUCUUGGCUUUGACCUGCCUUUCAACGAUUACAAUCGCAUAGUGAGCGCGCUAAAAGAAAUGCUGCGUACACGUGACGAGAAACCUGUAAUGUUGCGGCCUCGGCCGGGCCGGCGCUCGGCGGCUGGUGAAGCACCGCUUUGGCAAUACUUCAUAGACGAAGCCGACAACCUGGGCCUCGGUACAGCCGAUACAGUGGGCAUCGUGGGCGAUGACGAUGACGCGCUAACGGACACAUCCCUGAAGAAAUCGGCGCCGUUCAAGCCGCGACUGGGGAAACGGGUCGGAGGCCUGAAAUGCGAGUGAAAUGUUUGCGGCGUUGCGAUGCUCAUGCGCUCCAAGGUGUUGGCGGAUGCGUGAUGAGUGGGCGGUGCGUUGCAGGGUGCGUUACAUAACACAUCGUGUGGAUAUGUGGAUGAUUUUUGUUUGCUUUGAAUGGUGCGCAUUGCGGUUGAGCGGUUGUGUGGUCCUAACGGUUUUGCUGGUUUGUCAAGGCUAGCAUUUUGCUGACCAACAAUAACAGCCACAUCCACACACACUCACCUACAUACACACAACAUAUUCGACAUAUUCGAAUUUUAAAUUACGGCUGAAAAUUGCAUCGAAAAUAUGAAAAAAAAAAAAAUAAAAAACAGUUAUGUAGAUGUCCAUAAUUUUAAAAGGUCAAACUUUUGCUGGCUUUUGGGGAAAUUUCUCAGUUUUGUGGUUAAUUAAAAACUUUCGCUUGAUCCCUAUUGUAAAUUAUUAACGAAGCGUCUAAAAACGCGUAUGUGCGCCAAAGAGAAUAUGAAAAUUUAAUGUAAAAACAAAUGUGUGAAAAGUAUACGAGUAGGUACAGCACUCCAAAUUAAAAACUAACGAAUUUACAACUACAAUUACAAACAUAUGCAAAAAUACAAAUAAAUAUUGUAAAAUGCCUAUGAUACGAUAUAUAACAUAUAUGUACAUGUUGAAGAGAAUUAAAUGAGCUUAAAAGUGUUGCUCCAUUUAUAUAUUAUUAAAUAAAACA